UUCCCCCACCAACAACUAUGAAAUAAUAAUAAUAAAACAGAGACCAAGAGGCAGAGCAGGGGGACGAGGGGGAGACAAUGGGCUGGUGGAGAGCCCAUCCGGAUUAGAGAGACUUUCCGCUCCCAGCUCCUAAGCCACCCAAAACGCAAACUCAGAGGGAGAGAGAGGGAGUGAGAAGGGUCGGUGGCAGCGAGGAGCGAACCCGGGUGUUUUGUAACUAAAAUGAGCAGAGUGCAGCAGCAGCAGCAGCAAUAAGCUUAUUGCAAUUGACAGCGUCUGCAGUUCAUUUCAAGAUGGCCGCUUGGCUCACAUUCAUUUUCUGCUGAACGACUUUUAACUUUCAUUGUCUUUUUUGGCCGCUCCGAUCAUCACCCACCGGCUCCUUUUUCCGGAGCCGCCUUGUCUUAAGCAAACAUGCAUCGAACCACCAGAAUCAAAAUCACGGAGCUAAACCCCCAUCUCAUGUGCGUGCUCUGCGGCGGCUACUUCAUUGACGCCACCACCAUCAUAGAGUGCCUGCACUCCUUCUGCAAGACGUGUAUCGUGCGUUACUUGGAGACAAGCAAGUAUUGUCCUAUUUGUGACGUCCAAGUUCACAAAACCCGGCCGCUUUUGAAUAUAAGGUCAGAUAAAACUCUUCAAGAUAUUGUGUACAAACUAGUACCAGGCCUUUUCAAAAAUGAAAUGAAAAGAAGAAGGGAUUUUUAUGCUGCUCAUCCCUCAGCUGAUGCUGCCAAUGGCUCUAAUGAAGACAGGGGAGAAGUUGCUGACGAAGACAAAAGAAUUAUAACAGAUGACGAGAUCAUAAGCUUGUCCAUUGAGUUCUUUGAUCAGAAUAGACUGGAACGAAAAGGAAAUAAAGAGAGAGAAAAAUCAAAGGAAGAGGUGAAUGACAAAAGAUAUUUACGCUGUCCAGCAGCCAUGACAGUGAUGCAUCUAAGAAAGUUUCUCCGAAGUAAAAUGGAUAUACCUAAUACUUUCCAGAUCGAUGUGAUGUAUGAAGAGGAGCCCUUGAAGGACUACUAUACGCUAAUGGACAUUGCUUACAUUUAUACUUGGAGAAGGAAUGGACCUCUUCCUCUGAAGUAUCGAGUUCGACCUACUUGUAAAAGAAUGAAGAUCAGCCACCAGAGAGAAGGCUUAAAUAAUAGCGGGGAACUAGAAAGUGACUCUGGGAGUGACAAGGCAAGCAGCCCAGCAGGAGGCAUCCCCUCCACGUCCUCCUGUUUGCCUAGCCCCAGCACUCCGGUGCAGUCUCCCCAUCCUCAAUUUCCUCAUAUCUCUAGUACUAUGAAUGGAACCAGCAGCAGCCCCAGCAGUAACCAUCAGCCCUCCUUAACCAACAGAGCACGGAAAACAUCAAUAAAUGGCUCAUCAGCAACUUCCUCUGGUUGACACGUUCAGUGAGACUCCCGAAAAAGAACCCUGAUUUAUAUAGAUCUCUUCAUGCCAUUACAGCUUUAUAGAUGCAAAUUCAUGUGACUAUCGUCCAAAUCGCUUUCUUUUGUAGUGACCACCGACCUUGGCUAUAAAAGAGGGACUAAAUGACAUUCGUAUGGACGUUAUCUGAAAUGACAGAUUUUUCCAUAAAGAAUUGUCCCCAGAGGACUGGGAAGCAAGCAACUCUGAUGUGUUCCGAGUGCCUCGGAAGUCUCCAGAAGUGGAUAUAAACAUUGGGGCAUAGUUUGUUAAUCCAGACUAACUCCUAUAUUACAUUCUCUUCAAUUGUUAUUGUUAUGAUGCUGUUUUGUGAACCUGUCGAAAGCAAGUGCUUUUUCAUCUUGGAAUUCAACAAAACGGAAAGGAUAUGCAUAAAACAAUGCAUAUAUGUAGCCAUGUCACUGUGAAUAACAAUUUUGCGUAUUAGCCAUUUUGAUUCUUAUGUUGCAUCCUUACUUCUCUGUUGCUGCGCAGAACUGAUCAAAAGGAACCUAAACUUCAGUUUUACAAUCUGUAUGCCUAAAAGCGGGUAUUACCGUUUUAUUUACUGACUUGUCUAAAUGAUUCGCUUUUGUAAGAAUCAGAUGGCAUUAUGCUUAUUGUACAAUGCCAUAUUGGUAUAUGACAUAACAGGAAACAGUAUUGUAUGAUAUAUUUAUAAAUACUAUAAAGAAAAUAUUGUGUUUCAUGCACUCAUGAUAAGGUUGUUAACUUUCCAAACCGGUUCGACCCUUGCAGAUGCCUCCUGUUUGAGCUUUGCUGAUACUGCAGAAGACACUUCUCCUGUGACAGCUACAGUAUUGGGAGAGCAAACUUAAGUCCUAGUUAAUCUGGCAAUCUUAGAAGGAUUUUACUGGCUUUGUCUUGUUUCAAGGGAUAUAUUUUUACUUUUACACGAGGAUAUUAAUUUGUUUGGUUAAAUGCUGAAGUGAAGAAGAAAACUAAGGGACAAGAAGGUAAUUGACCUGUUUGAUUACAGUUUUCUUAUUUGAUGUGAUGGGAUUGUGUUUUAAAAGCACAUGGAAUCAUUAUAGAAGCCAUAAAAUAUUUGGUAUAAAUUUUAAGAAACCAGCAAGUCGCUGGAUGAAGGCAUUUUAUCUAAAUUUUGUUUUAAUACAUAUGUAUAUGGUACUGUACUAACUUCAUUAAAUAUAACAGGUACUUUAAUAUUUCCAAUAAUUUGUGGAGAAUGCCUCCUCUUUAAGGGCCUGCAAAUAGGAGCAUUUUAUUAGAGGCUUCUAAAGGUAUUAUUUUUUAACUAGAAAGAAAGACCACUUUCAACAAGAUAGGAACAGCCCCCAAUCACUUUUCAGUUUGUGGUUUGCUUUGGUCGAACUUCGUGUGUGUUCAUCACCCAUCAUUUAUACAUUUGUGAGGGUGUUUAUACUAUAUGGAUAUUGUUUCAUGUUUGUACGGGAAAAUUGUAGUUAAACAUUUCAUUGUCUCCGGUCUGCAAAAGAAGCACAAUUCUAUUGCUUUGUCUUGCUUAUAGUCAUUAAAUCAUUACUUUUGCAUAUAAAUUGC